UCCCGUUCGGGACUCUGCUCCAGCAGCUGUGUCUGGGUUGCUGCGCAGGAUGCCAGCGUUUCAGCAGCCGUGUCCGUGAGGACAGUCGGUGAUCCUCUCGCCCCUGCCUGUGUGCCCCCCUUCACGGCAGGCUGCAAACUUUGCUGCUUCAUCAUCAGCUUAUCCAUCUGUAGCGCUCGCCUCGGCUGGGAAUGGCUCCCUGACUUGUCGGGCAGGGCUACAGGUCCUCUGCUCCUAAGAGAGAGUGGUCUCACAGAAAUCAGAACAGUGACAAUAGAGCAGCAUCUGGAGCCGAAUGGAUGCCUUAAUGGUCUGGUGAUGCAGCUAGCAUCGCGGCCGAGGAGGCUAAGGAAGAAGGCUUAUAAUUGCUGUGGGUAAAUCCCUGAGCCUCUGGGAGCAGCGGCAGCCCUGGGAAGCUUAGAAUCCCACCAGGAGAGAAUUGACCGCAUUUCAGAAAGAACACGGUGGACAGCCCCAUGUGACCUGAAGAUGGAGUAGUAACCAAGGCAUGCCCCAUGAUUCUGAGCACCUUUCCCUGUGGACUCCAGUCCUAGCCAGAGGCUGCACGUGGAGCUGAAGGAACUGAUCCCCUGCUUUCCUGAGAACCCCUUUCUCUACUGAUUCAUGAGCCAGCAGGAUGCGGUCGCUGCGCUUUCAGAACGCCUGCUCAUAGCUGCGUACAAAGGCCAAGCGGAGAAUGUGGUUCAGCUCAUCAACAAGGGUGCCAAGGUAGCGGUUACCAAGCAUGGCCGGACCCCCUUGCACCUUGCUGCCAAUAAGGGCCAUCUCUCUGUGGUCCAGAUUCUGCUGAAGGCUGGCUGUGACCUCGACCUGCAGGAUGAUGGGGACCAGACAGCCUUGCACCGGGCCGCUGUGGUGGGAAAUGUUGAGAUCAUCACAACGCUUAUCCGUGAGGGAUGUGCCCUGGACAGACAGGACAAGGAUGGGAACACAGCCCUCCAUGAAGCCGCCUGGCAUGGGUUCAGCCAGUCAGCCAAGCUGCUUGUUAAAGCGGGAGCCAACGUGCUUGCCAGGAACAAGGCAGGGAACACGGCUCUGCACCUGGCCUGCCAGAACAGCCGCUCCCAGAGCACACGCGUCCUCCUGCUGGGCGGUUCCCGGGCUGACCUCAAAAAUAACGCAGGAGACACCUGUUUGCACGUGGCCGCGCGAUACAAUCACUUGUCCAUCGUUAAACUCCUUCUCAGUGCUUUCUGCUCUGUCCAUGAGAAGAACCAGGCUGGAGACACAGCCCUCCAUGUGGCUGCUGCCCUAAAUCACAAGAAGGUGGUUAAAAUCCUGCUGGAAGCUGGCGCUGACACGACCAUUGUGAACAAUGCAGGCCAGACCCCGCUGGAGACUGCCCGCCACCACAAUAAUCCUGAAGUUGCUCUGUUGCUCACCAAGGCUCCCCAGAUCUUGCGCUUUAGUCGUGGGCGAAGCCUGAGGAAAAGGAGAGAGAGGCUCAAGGAAGAGAGGAGGGCCCAGUCUGUGCCCAGAGAUGAGGUGGCACAGAGCAAGGGAAGUGUCUCAGCAGGAGACACCCCCAGCAGUGAGCAAGCUGUCCCCCAAAAAGAGGAAGCUAAAAGAGAUUGCCCAUCUGCUUCCCAGGAGCCCAGAAAGGAUGAAAGAAGGAGAAAGUCAAGGCCGGAGGUGUCAGCACUAUCUGACCCCACCCCAGCAGCAGACCAACAGCCUGGACACCAAAGGAACCCGCACAGUCAUCACCACCCCAAAAAGAAGAGCAGACAUCGGUGCUGGUCCCCACCUCCGCCCCAUGGAUUCAGGGCGUACCAGCUCUACACACUGUACCGGGGCGAGGAUGGAAAAGUCAUGCAGGCUCCCAUAAAGGGUUGUCGCUGUGAACCUCUCAUCAACAAGCUGGAGAACCAGCUGGAGGCGACUGUGGAGGAGCUCAAAGCCGAACUGGGAUCGGUGCAGGAUAAAGUGAAUGCAAAGCUGGGACAGAUGGAGAGCAAGACCCAGCACCAAAUGUGUGUUUUGGACAAACUGAUGGUGGAGCGACUGUCGGCGGAGAGAACAGAAUGCCUGAGUCGCCUGCAGCAGCACGCAGCUGCUGAGAAGCAGGAGGGGGAGAAGCGGCAGAUGUCCUUGGUGGACGAAUUAAAAGCCUGGUGCAUGUUGAAGAUCCAGAAUCUGGAGCUGAGGCUUUCUGGAGAGUCUCGAACCUGUAGAGCUAAAUCUACACCAUCUCCUUGUGACUCCUCUCCAGAUCAACCAGCGGUAGCUGGAGGGCCAUCGGCAGCUUCCAACAGCUCCUCUCAGGUUGUGAGGCCCAAGGAGAAGGCACUUGGUGCCACGGCUGCCCAGAGACAGCAGCAGGAGCUGCUUCCCUCUGAAGGCACAGGCUCCCGGUUGAGGAAGGUCAAGGCCCCAGCAGCCCCCUGCCCCCUGAAUGGGGCUCCCAAGUGUGAUCAGCAGACUGGGUUCUGUGUCAACAGAGGCACUCAAACCAAGAAGUCUGGCAGAAGUGGGCAGACCAAGCAUCGAGGCCAGCAGCCCACGGCCAGCAGCCCCUGUGGGCAGCAGUCCUCAGCAGUGGGCGGCGAUGUCCGAGAUGCCUCACAAGCCCUGGAGCUAACCCAGUAUUUUUUUGAGGCCGUUUCUACCCAGAUGGAAAAAUGGUAUGAACGGAAAAUCGAAGAAGCACGAAAUCAAGCCAGUCAGAAAGCCCAACAAGACGAGGCCACCCUGAAGGAGCACAUCAGAAGCCUGGAAGAGGAGCUUGCCAAGCUGCGGACAAAGGUGCAGAAGUAAAACCCAGACCCUGAGGGGAAGCAACGAGACUUCUGGCUUGGUAACGGGGAAGUAACUGUCCCGGGAGCGAGGGAUUGUGAACAAGGUGGAACUGCCCCUUGGAGUCACCAAUCUGCUGUGGACACGUGCUUCUGUGCUCUCAAGUUACACUGAAGCCUGGGAAGCAUGAGGAGUUGCAGGUCUCACUCCUAAUUCUAAACCUUAGCAAACCACCCCAAGAGAAGGUGUGUGCCUAAGUCUGUGAUUUAGUGACAUGAAAUGUGUUAGGAGCAAAGAUUACUCUCUGGGAACUCUACAAGUAGUCAUUCGUAUCCACGUCAACACGCCUGCUGUGCCUGGACGGUCCCAGCAGAGCCAGGGCUCAGAUGCAGCUGUGCCUGGACGGUCCCAGCAGAGCCAGGACUCAGAUGCAGGAAGCCUUCUUUCUCCCCUGUAACUCUCAAAAUGCUCAUCUUUUAACUGGGUGAAAAUCUUUCAGAUUUUGAGGGGAAAUACAUUUUAAUGAUCUCAGUGUCCAGUAUGUCUUAAAAUAAUUUUAAAGUUCGUGUAAAUAAGGAGUAAUGCUGACUGAAAAUGUUUAUCAAAUGAGAAAAGUUUAAACCAUUGGUCAGAUACUGUGUUUUUAGUCAAAAUAAUUGAGACUGUUAGAAAAAAAUUCAUGAAACAACUCCAGCCAGUUCCUUAGACUACCUUUCUGAAUACAAGACUUUUGUUCUGUAUUUUGUAAACAAUUAAAGGAAUUUCACGGAGGUUUAAUUUCUAAUUGACUUCUCUCACUGAAGAACAUCAAGGUAAAAAAUUGACUAACUCGACAUCAGAAGGCUUUUCUUGUUUACUGAAUGAAACGUACCAGAGACCGAGGAGGUGAAGAUAUCUCGGUCAAGACCUUGGGUUUCUCUUGUAAUCUUUUGGAUCAUGGAUUAUAUCAGUCUCCACGUGCUCUACAUAUGUACAGAAAAUUCAGUUGUUUCUCUAAGCCUAAAACCUACUGACCAUGAAUUGUGACUAAAAUGCUGUUCAUUGAGCCAAAGAGAAGUGAUGAUAUUUCAGGAAUUGUGUAGUUAGCCCUUUGUCAAGCCAAGUUUUUGUUUUUCCUUCUAGUGACAAUCCAUGAAUACAGACAUUCCUGUAAACAUGACAGGUAUUUUGAGUAGAGUCCAGUGAGUCCUAGUUCAUGUGACCGACCUGUCUCUAUCCUCUGUGUCUUUAGAGGUGCAACCCUUUCCCAACAAGAUGUCACUUGCUCCUGUAGGGUCAUUCCUUAUUACACUCCAAACUAUCAGGAACUGCCUAAUACUAAAGAGAUGAGUUAUGCUCCGAGCAGGAGUUAUUUUCACUAUUAGAAUAUUUCUUACCUCAAGACAUCCCUGUUGAGAACUGCAGAGAAUAACUGUAAUUGGACACCAGGUCUCUACCAGAGUAUCUUGGUAGCUGUACUUUGAUGAUAUACCUCCUACCCGUCAGAAGCAGGCAGCUUAUCACUGUGAACUGGAUAUUUUGUCAAGUCAUUAAGCAUAGAGACCAGGCUACUGAAUAAGGGCAGUCAGCCCCUUACCCACAGGGCUGACUUCCUAAAGUGGUGGGUGUUUGUUGUUGGUUGACUGUGUACCCCUAGACUGGCUUUGAACUCAUGAUCUUACUGUGGUGGUCUCCUGAAGUCUGGGGUUAAAGGAGUGAGCCCCAUAGCCAAUCACAUUUUGUCUGUAGCACCAGGGUUAGGUUUGUUGCCGUUGUUCCUUAGCGUUGUGCAGCACUGCAGAUCUGGUGUGCAUUGUCCCCUGUGCCAUGUGCUACAAGAAGCAAGUACCCCAGCCGCACCUUGACAAAUCACUGUUUAUACCAUGUAUUCUCAUGUAGGUCGUGCUUCAAACAGAGGCCUAAAGUGUCAACAGCUGUGGAAAAAGUCAUAAAACAGUAAAGUUGUACAUUAUUCAUGUCCUUAAAAAAACGAGUUAGCACAUCCAAUAUACUGUAUACUAAAUACCUGUGAUAGAUGUCUUAGUCCUCGCAUCGUUUUUGACUUGGGGAGUCCAAAACAGGCUUUUCACGUGUCUUUUUUUAAAUUUUAUUUUUGGUGAAAGGCAUGUUGUCUAAUGUUUCUCUCACCGUGAACUUGUGUUUCCUGCAAGCAUUAAACAUUGUUUUCAGUUC